AUGUUCUCGUUACCAACAACACCUAAUACAACAGUACCUUCACCUGUGUCGUCGACAACAACGACGACAACAACAACAACAUCCGCAAUAACUCCUGUCGUAUCUGCCGAGAAGACACAUGGAAUAGCAAUCGAUGAGCCGUCGGUGGCUCAUCAAGCAAUUCUAUUUAUUCUCGAUGUACUCAUUCGUAAUAAUCAAGCAAUGCCUAUUGUGAAGCUUUACGAUAGCUUCGCUGAUCGAACAUUUACACCUCAAAUGUUACGUGCUGUUGGUGGUAAUGAGCAAGGAUUACAACAAUUCUUGCUUCGAUAUCCAUCAUUAUUUACAGUUAACAAUGAUACUGUAUCAGCUAAUAGUGCAACACCAGUACGUACAAUUAAUUCAUCAAAAUCUCAUCAUAAUAAAAAUAAAUCAAUUGUAUCAUCCGCCUCGAAUCACGAGGCGAAUGAAACUAUAAGUGGAACAGAAACAAUGACAACAUUAUCAACAAAUGAAACAGUAUGGGAUGCUAAAACAAUGCGUGAAAUUGAACAAGAAGCAAUAAAUUUUUUUAAAAAACAAUUAUUUAAAAGAGAAGAAGAAUGGUUACCAAUAGUUAGUGUUGCUGGACAUGCAUCACAAGCAUCAGCUGAUGUACGAAAAUAUGUUGGACCACAAAAUGAAUUUAAAGUAUUUCUUUUACGUUAUCCAAAUAUUUUCAUUGUUCGUGAUGAAUUUUGUGGUCUUAAAGGUAAAGCAGAUUUACCUGGUGUACCAUUUCCACCACCAUCACCACCACCAAAACGUCGUAUUACAUUAUCUAAUAAUAAUAAUAUGAUGAAUGGUAGUGGAAAUAAUUUAAUGUUAACACGUUCAACAUCAUUUAAAUCUGGUACACGACCAAUAAUCGGUGGUAAUAACAAUAAUACAAAUAUAAAUAAUAAUUCAAUACCAAAUACACCAACAAAUAAUACCAAUUCAUCAAUGUUAUUAUCAUCAUCAUCAUCAUCAGGAAUAGCAUCAAUAGCAACACCAACAAUAACUCGUAAUACAAAUCAACGUUUAACAUCAAAUGAAGUUAAAGCUGUACAUUAUGUAAUGCGUUUAUUACAUAAAAGUGGCCGUAUUUUACUUCAAAAUGUACCGGGAUUAAUUGCACGUGCACCUGAUCAUCUUGCACAAUUAAUUGGUUUUACACGUGAUGAUCUUAUAACAUUUUUUAAACGACAUAAUGCUAUAUUUCAAUUACAUACAGAUGGUACAGUUAGUGUUAAAUUUGAAGCUGUACGAGCUUUAUUAAAUAAAAAUGAUAAUUCACAAACAUCAUCAUUAACAACACCAACAACAAUAACAACACAAUUAUCUCAACAACCAACAUCUAUAACAACAUCAGGUGUUGUUAUACGUAUAUUUCCUAAAUAUGGAAUAUUAAAUAUGGAUAAUAAUGAACAAGUUUUUUUUGAUAUACAAUCAUGUCAUUUUGAAACAUUUAAUGAUCUUACAUGUGUACUUAAUCCCGGCGAUUCAAUGAAUUUUAAUGCUAUACUUGGUCCAAAAGAAGGUUCAACAAAAUGGAAAUCAUUAAAAACUUGGCCACGUCAAAAUAAUCGUCCUGCUCAAUUAAUGACACCUAUGUCAUCAAGUAAUUCAAAUUCUUCAAUAUCCCAUAUUGUUCAUUCGGCAAGUACAAAUAAUUUAUCAUCAAUUUCAUCAAGUAAUGGUGGUUAUAUAUCACCUCCAUCAUUUGAUCAUUAUUCAACAACUCAAUAUCAAAAUUCUCAACCGUCUAACGGAUAUGCACCUAUUGAUCAAGAUUUACAUGCUUAUCAAAUGUCUAAUGAUAUAAAUGGUGGACUUGAUGAAACAAUUGAUAACAAUACAAAUGGAAAUCAAUCUCCACCAAUGUCAUUGAUGAAUUCGACCAGUUCAAAUCGACAUAGUCGUCUUGGUUUACCAACACUUGAUGAAGAACAAUGUCCAUUACCUAAAAUGGCUGGUGGACUUGAUGCUGAAGUUCUUCGACGUAAUUUACAACAAGUAGUACAACGUAAAAAUGCAAUAUCAUUACGUGAACAAGCCGACGAAACAGGUCGAUAUGUAUCACAAGACAAAAAUAUAAAUGCAAGUGAUAUAGCUAAAAGAUUAUAUGAAGAUUUAAUGCGUGAUUAUGAUAAACGAGUUCGUCCAGUAUAUAAUGCCAAUGAUGCAUUAAAUGUAGCAAUUAGUUUAAGUGUAACACAAUUAAUUGAUGUUGAUGAAAAACGUCAAAUAAUAACAACAAAUGUAUGGCUUAAACAUGAAUGGUUUGAUUAUCGAUUAAAAUGGAAUUCAUCACUCUAUGAUAAUAUUUGUAUUAUGCAUAUGGCAUCAGAAGAAUUAUGGUUACCUGAUAUUGUUUUGUAUAAUAAUGCUGAUGGAGCAUAUCAAGUAACAUCAAAGACUAAAGCAUUCGUCUAUCCAUCGGGAGCUGUUGUAUGGAAUCCUCCAAUGAUUUAUAAAAGUAGUUGUUCUAUUAAUGUUCAAUAUUUUCCAUUUGAUGAACAAGUCUGUUCACUUAAAUUUGGUUCAUGGACACAUGAUGGAAAUCAACUUAAUUUAUCUCAUAUUGUUUAUAAUAAUAUUGAAAUGACACAUUCUCUUAACAAUUAUCGAUCUCAAGGUGUAUUUUUUCAUAAUUACUAUCCUAAUGGUGAAUGGGAAAUUAUUCAUGCACCAGCUAAACGUAAUCAAAAAUCAUAUACUUGUUGUUUAGAACCAUAUUAUGAUAUAACAUAUAUACUUGUAUUAAAACGUAAAACAUUAUUUUAUAUAGUUCAUUUGAUAAUUCCUUGUGUUGGUAUAUCAUUAUUAACAUUAAUUGUCUUUUAUUUACCAAGUCAAUCAGGUGAAAAAAUUGUUCUUUGUAUAAGUAUUGAAUUAGCAUUAACAGUCUUUUUUCCAUUACUUGCUGAUUUAAUACCAUCAACAUCUAUAAUAAUACCAUUGUUAGGAAAAUAUUUAUUAUUUAUAAUGAUUCUUGUAGCAUUAUCAAUAUUAAAUGCAAUAGUUACUCUUGCAUUUUAUUAUCGAGAACAAAAUCAGAAAAAAUCAAUACCUAAAUGGAUGAAAUAUUUUUUUAUUAAUAUAUUACCACCAUUAUUAUUUUUACCAUCAAUAAAACAAGAUAAAGUUAAAAAAUUUAAACAAAAUAAAAGAAAAUAUUGGAUGAAAUUACCACAAGAUAAUACAUAUGAUGCUAUUUUUAUGAUAAUGUUGGAAAAAUUACUUCAUUUAACAGAAAUUGAAAAGAUUUUUUCAAAAUUUAAUAGAACUGUUAAUAAAAAUAAAAAUGCUCAUGAUUGGCAUUAUGUUGCUUUAGUAUUCGAUCGAAUUCUAUUGAUUAUCUUUACCAUUGUUUCAUUAACAGGAACUAUUGUAAUAUUAGCACAAAGAUUUCCUAAUACUGUCUCAAAUAUCGAUUUGAAUAAUCUCAAUCAAGGAGUUUUUGAUGCUUGUAGUUAUCAACACCAACAUUAA